UUCCUCUCCACAGGUACAUUUCCCCGAUUGUCUUCAUAUUUAGGAUGAGAAUCUACUGACAAACUGAAAAAGUUGGGUCAGAGAUGGAUUUUAAAGCACGUGAGUUGGUGUGGCUCACUCAGAUUAAUGAGGUGUUCAGUGACAACCCUGUGAUUUUAAACGCAAAUGGUCAGAAUGUACAAAAACAAAUUAUAAAGUUGAAAAACCUGCUGUAUAAGAGAACGAAAUUAUGGUGGAACAAAAAUUUUCUAGAGAACUAUCUUUCUAAAGGUAUUAUCCCUCGAGGACUGAGAGUCCAGGUGUUCCCGUCCUACCCAGUGGAUGACCCGAUCUUUAAGAACAAAUGGGAGGAACAUGCCAACAAAUGCUCUAGAGGGUUCAUGAAACUCCUGGUACUCGCUAACUCAUCCUCAUUGAAUGACUUGGAGAAAGAAAUAGAAGUACUCCAAAACGACAUUAAAAAGAACCUAUCUUCGGCUGAAUUAGAGAAAGUUAACAUCGAAUUAGAACAACAAUAUCUCAAAUGGGAAACUGAAAUUAGUGCCAUGAAAAAGAAAAAAUAUCAAAGAGAUAACAUGGAUGUACAACAAAAUAGAGUAUAUAGAUGGCGACAAGUUAGAGAUAGAACACAAAUACCACUGAGGUCAAGAUCAUCAUCUGUUGUCUCUCUGUCGUCAACUGACGAGUCACAGAGUUCUGUGGAUAUAAGACCUAGAGUCAAAACCAACUACAGACAACAUAACCCCCAACAUCGGGCUGCUGAACUACGCAGGGAAAAAAGGAAAAUGUCCCCACCAACCACAAGGGGCAAAAAAACAAAAAAUAAUGAGCUAAUUAACCUUUCUACCCAUAUUCUCUCCGAGGAGCAACAGUACAUACUAAGUAAAGGUCUUAAUUUCUCACCAACUAAUAGUUUUGAUUAUUUUACAGCUUUAAAGGACCUAAAUUUAUUUUCAUGCAAAUUACUAUUGAGGAGACUGCAUGCAAAGAGGGAUCAAUUACUUUCUACCCCAGAGGAAAGAGAAGCGAUCCAAAUUUUGGAGGAGCUUCUGGCAGAGCAGGGGGGAGAACAAGACGUAUACCGUAAGCCCACUGCCACCAACCUUCUUUUGCAUGCAGCCUCCUCACACACUCCAUCAACUAUCAAAGCCAUACCAACAGGACAAUUCCUGAGAAUACGUAGAAUUUGCUCCUCGGAUGAUGAUUUCAAGAAACAAAGUGCAAUACUUACGGAACGUUUCCUCCAGCGUGGUUACAGCAGACGAUCUCUCAAAAAGGCCUAUCAGAAAGCUCAACAUGUACAUAGAGAGGACCUCUUACAAGAUUUUAACAGUUGGGAAUUUUUUCCAGUAACAUCAGUCAGCUCCCUUUAUACCUCGCACAACAGCUGA